AUGGCUACACCAGGUGCUCCAGGUACAGAAACAGAUAUGAAAACAUUCAAAGAUUUUCUUAUGCAAUAUAAUAUGGUAUCGGAAAAUUGUUUUUCACAUUGUAUCAAUGAUUUAACAUCAAGAGAUGUUACUGAAAAAGAAGACAAAUGUUCGAAAAAUUGUUUGGAUAAGUUUCUAAGAAUGACACAACGCCUUAGUACACGAUUUGCUGAACAUCAAUUAUUAAAUGCACAGACUCAUUCAUAA